CCCAUCGCUCGGCGAAGACACAACAACAAAUCAAAUCAAAUGAAAUCGAACAUCGCCCAUCAUCUGCGCGCUGAUAACUGCUCUUUGCCGAUAGAGUUCUCCAUUGAUAAGAAGCCCAAGUGGGUGGUGGUGGGCUGUGAAUGAUCGCUGAGCUGGCAGUUGGCUAUAUAAGCCACAAUCUGUGUGUGCGAGCCACAUUAGAAGCCCUGGGCCCAAACGGAGCGGAGCGGACUGAAAAAUGUUGAAACUAUUUGCUGCGGUGCUCCUGCUGGCCAGCGUGGCCUUGGCGGUGGACGACUACGAGGGCUACAAGAUCUACGACAUCAAUGCUCGCAACGCUUUUGAGAAGCAGCUGCUGCUGCGUUUGUCCGGAAAUGAGGCAUACGACUUCUUUGACCUGCCCCGCUCCCUGGACGCGCCCAGUCGCGUGAUGGUGAAGCCCGAGGAUCAGGAGGGAUUCGAGCACCUGCUGGAGAAGUACGGCGUAAACUACUUGGUGAUCAACGAGAAUUUCGGCGAGUCGCUGCGUCAGGAGCGCGAUGAGAACCAGAACCAGAGGUUGAUGAACCUGCGAUCCGCUGAACGCAGCGUUAGCUUCAAGGCGUUCCAUCGCCAUGCCGAGAUCAAUGCCUACCUCGAUGAACUGGCUGCCGCCUAUCCCAGCCGUGUGUCCGUCCAGGUGGCCGGCAAGUCGUAUGAGAACCGUGACAUCAAGACGAUCACUAUCACCAAUGGCGAUGGCAAGACCGGCAAGAAUGUUGUCUUCCUGGAUGCCGGCAUCCAUGCUCGCGAAUGGAUCGCCCAUGCUGGAGCUCUGUAUGUGAUCCAUCAGCUGGUGGAGAACUUUGCUGCCAACUCGGAUCUGCUGAAGAACUUCGACUGGGUUAUCCUGCCGGUGGUGAAUCCCGAUGGCUAUGAAUACUCUCACACCACCACCCGUAUGUGGCGCAAGACCAGGAAGCCAAUCAGCAGUGCCUGCUAUGGAACCGAUGCCAAUCGCAACUUCGAUUUCCACUGGGGAGAGGUGGGUGCCUCCAGCUACUCCUGCUCCGAUACCUUCAAGGGUGAGACGGCCUUCUCCGAGCCGGAGACCCAGUUGAUUCGCGAUAUCCUGCUCAGUCUGACCGGACGUGGCAAGUUCUACCUGACCCUCCACUCCUAUGGCAACUACCUUCUGUAUCCUUGGGGCUGGACCUCUGCUCUGCCCAGCAGCUGGCGCGACAACGAUGAGGUGGCUCAAGCUGGAGCGGCUGCCAUCAAGAGUGCCACUGGAACGAAGUACACCGUUGGCAGUUCCACCAACGUUCUGUACGCUGCUGCCGGCGGCAGUGAUGACUAUGCCUUCGGAGUGGCCAACUUCCCGGUAUCCAUUACCAUGGAACUGCCGGCCGGCGGUACUGGCUUCAAUCCCAGCACCAGCCAGAUCGAGGGCUUCGUUUCCGAGACCUGGGUGGGCAUCAAGGCCAUGGCCGAGAAGGUUGCCGAGAAGUACUAGGCGCGUACAAUAAAUGCCAUUGAUAUUUUCUAA